UCACAGAUUGUUUCAAGAUCUCAAUCCGACGGUCCAAAUGGCUCGACAUAAACUGGUGGAAAGUUUUGAGAAGACAAUACCAAGAAAAAAAGAGAUAAAAUCAUAAAUAAAAAAAGGGGUUUUCCAUAUGUAUAUAAUUGACUCGUUUUCAGGAAAGAAAUAAUUACGAAGAAGAGAAGAGGGAAGAAGAAAAGGAAAGAGAUGGCGUUAAGGGUACCAGCAAUUCCAUUCACGUUUGUUGCACACACGCUUGGAAUCGCAGCUUUGGUUCUGGUUUUGGUUUGGAACAUACACUUCAGAGGUGGUUUCGCAUGGGAAGCUGCAAACAAGAACCUCAUCUUCAACCUCCAUCCUUUGCUCAUGCUACUUGGUUUAAUUAUCUUGGGAGGAGAAGCCAUUAUUAGUUACAAAUCGCUUCCUUUGAAGAAACAGGUGAAGAAACUGAUACACCUGGUUCUUCAUGCUCUCGCGUUAGCCCUGGGUAUCAUUGGUAUUUAUGCUGCAUUCAAGAACCAUAAUGAGAGUGGGAUUGCCAACCUCUACAGCUUGCACUCCUGGAUUGGGAUUGGAGUCAUUGUUCUCUAUGGCAUUCAGUGGAUAUAUGGGUUCUUGAUUUUCUUCUACCCUGGAGGAAGUCCUAUCCUAAGGAGUGAGUGUAUGCCAUGGCAUGUGGUAUUUGGGCUCCUUGUGUACGUUUUGGCUGUGGCCAAUGCUUCACUAGGGUUCUUAGAGAAGCUCACAUUCCUUGAGAGCUCAGGAGUGGCCAAAUUUGGUUCUGAGGCCUUUCUUGUCAACUUCACUGCUCUCAUCACAAUAUUAUUUGGAGUCUUCGUUGUAAUUUCAGUUCUUUCUGAAGCUCCUGCUCCCAUUGAAGAUGACCACAGCUAUUCAUCUAUAUGAUUAUAUAACAAUAUUGUUAAAUAGUGUACUUGGCUGUAAGUUGAAGGACUGAAGCAUGGGUACCUAUUAUUUAUGAUUUACGUGUAGCCUAUACAUGAACAUGAUAAAACAUUUGUGACCACUUAUUCAUAAUUAUUAGCAUGCCCAUCUUACUUAUUUUACUUUUAUUUCA